AUGUCCUCGGAAUAUUCUUUCUGCGGCGAAGGGGGUUUCGACGAGCUCUCGAGCUCUUCCGAUUCCGGUUUCGACGUCAGUUUCGAGUCACCUAAACACGAAAUCCCAUCGGAUAAUCUAUUUCCACCGAUGAAAGAAGAGAAACGCAAGAAACCUCGAAAUACGAGGUGCAAAAGUCCUACACAGGUGCUGAGGCUGAAAAGGACCCGUCGAAUAAAGGCGAACGAUCGCGAGCGGCACAGGAUGCAUACACUGAACGACGCGCUGGAACGUCUUCGGAUGGCAUUGCCCACAUUUCCGGAGGACACGAAGCUGACGAAAAUCGAGACCCUCCGUUUCGCCCACAAUUACAUCUGGGCGUUGUCUCAGACUCUGGGAAACUCCGAAGCGGGCGAGAUCACGGUGAACGUGGGCAACGUGACGGUGAGCAUCAGCGAGAACGGAAAUAUGAUCACCUCUUCGACCGGAAGUUGUGCGGUGGCCGCACAGAAACGACUAGGACCGUCGCACGCGAACUUUCCCUAUCCCCAAGAACGAUUCGUACCCGAAUGGCAGGAGUACGAUUGCUAUAGCGAUCAAAGUGUCAGCCCACCGAUGCAGUAUCAACCGUGUUUCGAUCAGAGGAUGUAUCACGCGCAGCAUCAGAUCCCGCCGCAUCAUAUGGGACCCAAUAACAUAUACCAGUGUCUUUAGAAAGAGGACGUGAAUUGUGGACACUGUGAUGGGUGAAUUUUCUAAGGUUUUCGGUUGUGGUCGUAGGUGGAGCUGUAGAUAUUUUAGUGAGAUGGUAUA